AUGGUCAGCUUUGAUUUGAUGGAUGCCGUUUGCUCACUCUCCCUUGCAGUCAUCUCCGACUACGAGCAGCGCCUUCUCGACUCCCUCAACACCGCUCACACCGAGCUGAACAAGACUAACUCAGAAAGGGACCGAUACCUCAGCUUACUGGAACAGGCCAACAAGAAACUCGCUGAGACAACGGCUACUGCCGCCGAAUUCAAGUCCCAGAACCAGACCUUCAAGGACAGCAUUACCGCUCUCAAGAGCCAGAACCAGGCUUUCAAGGACAGCAUUGCCUCUCUCCAGGAGAAGCAGGACCAUGUCAAGGAGGAGAAUGACAGGCUCAUCUACGAAAACAACGUGCUGUCACGGGACUAUAAUGAACUCAAGGCCAAGUUUAGCAACCUUUCCCGCCAGUACAAUGCCCUGAGUGGCACUGCUCCCGUCUUCCCCUCUGGCGCCGCCAACGACCUGUCUGGGGCGGCGCCGGAGCGUCCCAAGCUCUCCCGCUCCUCCAGCAAGAAGGAGCGCAAGGAGGAUCGUGAUCGCGAGGAACGUAGUCGCGUCCGAGAAAAGGAGAAGUCGCGCGAUCAUGACAAGGAAGACAAGCGGGAGCGGGAAAAGGAAAAGGAUAAAGAAAAGGACAAGGAAAAGGAGAAGGGGGAGCGCAAGGCCGAAAAGGAACGCCUGUCUCGCCGCUUUGAAGAGAGGCGUGCGGCCCCGCCCGCUCCCGCCCCAGCGCCUCCGCCUCCCCCGAUUGCCAACCGGCGCAACAGCUUCAUUGAGGGCUGGGGCCCCGGUGGCCGGUCAUCCUCGGCCUCGGGAUCAUCCACUCGGAGUUACACCAACGGACCCAACGGACCCAACGGAAUACAUGGCCCCCAUGGCCCUCAUGGACUCAACGGACACAAUGGCCAUAUUGGACACGUGCAAGUGCCCGCUGUCACACCCAUCAACAAGCCACCGUAUGCCAGCGUUCCCCGGACUGCGACAAACCCAAUGACUCCUCGUAUCUACAGCGUUGCUGGAAGCACAGCCGCUGUGUUCGACGACGACGGGAGCUACGAGGAUGGCAAUUACCAUGCCUACCCAAUCAGCCGAUAG